AUGGCUCAGUCAACUGAUUUCUAUGGUUAUCUACCCAGCGAGCCAGCAGCCUUGUUUGGAAUUGCCUACUUUGGCACAGCAACAAUUGCAUGCAUCAUUCAGAUUAUCUUCGGAAGGUACAAACACUACUGGAUGACCACCCUUGCCCUCGCCGCUGUGGGUGAGGCCAUUGGCUGGGGAGGGCGACUCUGGGCUCAUUUCGCACCAGCCGACUGGAUGCCAUUCAUGAUCCAAAUUUGCAGUCUCAUCAUCAGUCCGGUCUUUAUUUCCGCCGCGGACUAUGUCCUUUUCUGUAAAAUUGUUGAAAAGACUGGACCUCGGCUCUUCCAUAUCCCCUCCAAAUUCUUCUGGGUUGGUUUUAUCAUCUUGGACAUCAUCUCAUUAGCCAUUCAAACUGUAGGGGGAGUCUUGGUGUCAAGUGCACAGAACCAGGACCAACUGGACCACGGGUCUAACGUAAUGCGGGCUGGCAUCAUCUUCCAGUUCAGCAACACUGUCCUGUUUGUGGCAUUGUUGUUGGGGACAAUAUUCAGACUGCGCACGAAGGGUAUACGGCAACUAUCGGUCAUAGGGUGGCCGGUCAUGCUAGCUAUGUGGGUUUCGACUGUGAUGGUGUUUGUUCGCAAUGCAUACCGAAUCGCCGAGCUAUCAGGUGGAUGGCAGGGUCAUUUGAUGCGCACUGAAGGGUAUCUCAUUGCUUUGGAUAUGGUGCCAGUGGCGGUGGCAGUGGGGGCAUUCGUUGUGUUCAGUCCAUCCUUUUUUUUCUGUGAUGGUGAGCACGAGGGAGAGGUGAAGAAAGCCCGAUUGUCUGAUUGUAUUCCGCUUUGCUAG